AUGGAUGAUUUCAGAAAGUUCCUUAAGAAUCGUGCAGAUGUCUUAGAAACUAUUUUUAGAUCCAAAAGGGAUAAGGAUAGAAACAGUAACAAAAUUGAAACGACAAAUAACAAGGGCUCUUAUAGACAAGAUAAAAACAUAAAUACAUUUGUCAUUUCAGCCAAACAAAGUAACAACAAGGGUCGGCCGUGCGUCGUGUGCCACGGCGACCACCGCGUGUACGACUGCACAGUCUUCAAGCAUCUCACCGUCGUCGAGGAGAGAUGGGCGCAGGCUUCUAAACUCCAACUGUGCCAUGUCUGCUUGCGCGCGGAUCAUGAGUCGCGCAAUUGUAAAUUGGGCGGCUGCCGUGUGUGUAAGAAACGUCACAACACAUUUCUACACAAAGACACAACACAACCCACACCUCAACCUAGUAGUGCUAACAUGGAUCAGAGCGCACAGUCCACUUCCGCCAUUGUUCAGGCUCCUCUAAACCCUAAUGUGAACAUACCGAGUGUGUCCACAUCGGCGCUGUCCAGUAGUGAAGUUCUAUUGUCCACAGCGUUAGUUGAAAUAUUUAAUCCUUGCAACAAUAGGAAAGAAAUAGUGAAGGCUCUGUUAGAUUGUGGAAGUCAAUCUUCUUACAUAAGUGAAAGCUUGAAGCUUCACUUACAAUUACCCUCACUACCCUUAACUGCCACAACCAUUUUAGGUAUAGGCAACACCCCACUAAAAUGGGUCCCUGGGCGCUGUACAGCCCAUAUACAAUCAUUGUCGGAAAAUUUUACGGCUAAAUUAGACUUUUUAGUCCUUAAUGAAAUAACUGAUAAUUUACCAAGAAAAUAUUUUGAUAAAAAUAAAUUACAAAUACCUUCAACGAUGAGACUGGCGGAUCCUACCUUUAAUAUCCCCUCUCACAUAGACGUCCUUUUAGGUGCUGACAUCUUCUGGCACAUAGUAGGAGGUCAACAAAAACCCUUGGCCAACAAGCCAACCAUGCUCAUUGAAUCAAAAUUAGGUUGGGUGAUAGCGGGCUCCGUGGUGAGCACGAACCUUGCCACCAACUCUCUCACUACUCGAAGCAAUCUCUGUCUUGCUGAUAUUUCUUCUCAAAUGACUAAGUUUUGGGAGAACGAGGAGCUACCCUCAGCAGAGCUUUGUUCGAGUAGGAACAGUUCUUCCGUCAAGCACCCGAUAGAAGAACAUUUUACUGAAAAUACUAAUCGCUUAGAAAGCGGUCGUUUUGUUGUCAGACUUCCAUUAAAUGAUACGCCAGAUUGUCUGGGUAAUACAUUUUACAUGGCUAAAAAACGUUUACUUAAUUUAGAGAAACGUUUUCAUAAACAACCUGAACUAAGAAACACAUACCACAAUUUUAUAGAUGAAUAUUAA